UUAUAUGAACCACAUUAUGGCAUAUGCUAUAGCUAAAUGGUAAACUGCUUCAACCAUUGGCUUAAUCUCAUUAGUUCCUAAUGAUAAUCAAAUUUCAUUUGAUCUUCAAAAUGCCUUAUAAUUUCUAAAAAAUGAGAACAUUAGCUAAUUUUAAAAAAUGUAAAUAUAUACUAUAAUACAAUCCUUAGGAAAGCCAUUACAACUCAAGGAGGAAAAUGGUAUUAUUUGCCCUUUAAUAAAGAAGUUGUACAAUUAGUAUUAGCUGCAAAUGAUUAUAAUCAAGAAAAUGUAGAAAUGCUUUUUAAUUCCAUUAAUGCUAAAAUUGUAUUCUUAAUUCAAUUAUAUUUUAGUUUGAUCAUAAUCCAACAACUCCAUAAAGCAUAACCAUUUAACAAAAAUAAAAUAUUUACAAUUUAUUAAUAUACUUUGAUUCAGCUCAUGGCAAAGAACCUAAGCAAAUUCAGUAAAUUCUAUAAACCUUAGAUAACACCAAGUAAACUGUUUAAUAAAAUAUUGAAAAACUUAUCAAUAACAAAGAAUAGCUAUUAAAUAUUGAAGGUUGUAUUAAGAAAUAAUAUUAUCAUUAGUUUAAUCACUUGAAUUAGAUAAUAGUUCAUAAGUAUUCUUGAGUUCAGCAUAAGAAUUACACAGAAAAGAAAGAAUGAAAAAAUUAAAAACUAGAUUGAUUAUUGGUUCAAUAAUUUUGUUUGGGUUAGCCAUCUCAUUCUAUAUCGUUUUUGGAUGA